UCCACCACCUAUUUCAAAACUAGAGUAAGAAACACUAAAUCCGAGUGAAGAGUAUAACAUUCCAGCAAAACAAACAGGCCCCUUCUUUAUAAACCUCACACACAUUUCUCAGUUUUUAGGGUUAGGGUUAGGGUUUUACCACACAGAGGCUGAAAAUGGAGGCUGAGAGAAAGCUAUCGGCAGAGGCUGGGUCCAUACUCCAGGAAGGCAUAGGAUUGGUUCUGUCUCGGUGGUCAGCGCUCCAAUUGGCUGUUGAGAACGAGUGGGGUGGCCGUGACUCGCGCCUGAAAGCGGAGCAACUCAUCACCGAUAUCUUCUCCUGGUUCAAUCACUCCAAAGAGCCUCUUUACAUAGAUGAUUUAGAAGAUAUGCUGAAUGAAGCUAUGCUUUCUCUCAACACUAUGACAGAGGAUGGCAGCAUUGAGGAGGUUGCUGAAAAGUUAAUGAUUAUGCAUGAAGAAUGUUUAGACUGUAAUUUCAAGUCUAUUGAAAGCCUAAGGGAAGCCAAUCAUCGAAGAGUUGCUGUUCCUCAUGUUAGAGAGGUUGCAAAUGAUGACGACGAUAGUGAUGAAGAAAAUGAUGAUAGAGAUCAUUGCAUGGGAAAUGAUGAUUCCUCAAACAUGAUGAUGGUGGACACAGCGGAGUCUCAUUCAAAUGUAAAUGUUGUAAGCAUGUCAGACUGUGAGCCAAAGCCCAAGCUGGCUGCCGAAGCAGAAGAUGGAUGGGAAGUAGUUGGACCAAGACGACAUAAGGGUAGAAGGAAUUAGGUUGAACCCUAAGUAUAUGCAAUUCCCCCUUCCCUCAACAUUUGUCAUUUUUUUAUCCCCUCUCAAAUGGAAUAGUAUAUGUAUACCAUGUUUUGCUAAGUUCCUUGACAGAGUUUGAAGUCAACUCACCUAAAUAACAAAAGAAAAAAACCGAUUAAUAUUA